AUGGAAGAUGGUCAUAAAGAAAAGAUGGAAAACGAUGGCCAAAACGUGGACCUUCCACCUGAGAUGAUGCAUGAAAUUGUGUCAAGGCUACCAGUGAAGCCCUUGUGUCGCUUCAAGCUUGUAUCCAAGUCAUGGGAGUCCCUAAUCUCCGAUCCUGAUUUCGUCGCAAACUAUUCCAAAGCCGCCUUUGAGAAUGAGGAUGUCUUCUUCAGAAGACGACGUCUCCUCUUUACUUUCGUUGACUCUGGACAACGAGGGAUGUACUCUUUGGAUCUUGACCGGUUUCUCAAUGAGAAUCCUAAUGUUGGUGUUGACGGUUCAGUAGCAGCACCCAUUGAGCUCGACUUUGUUUACAGUCAUCUUCCGAGAGGUGGAUAUGAUUGGGUCCCCGUGUUUUUUAUUCCUGCUAUGGCUUGUUCUUGUCCCGGUUAUGUUCUGGCGACUGCAGCUACAGUUUGA